AAUUGAUGUGAAAUUGACUAAUGUUUAGGACGGCUGCUUAUCGCUUACGAGUGCUCCGUCGACAUCUGAGUACUGUAUCAAGAUCAAUACAACUUCGAGCUAUGUCUUCAAAUGAUAAACCCACUGCUGGCAUUAUAAUUAUUGGUGAUGAGAUUUUAAAAGGACACGUCCAAGACACCAACUCACAUUAUUUAUGUAAUGAGCUUUUUCAAAUGGGAAUCAAAGUUGAAAAGAUAACAGUAGUUGGUGAUGACUUGCAUUCAGUUGCAAAUGAAAUUGCAAGCUUUUCAUCCCAAUAUACGCACGUACUUACCUCUGGUGGAAUAGGGCCAACUCAUGAUGACAUCACUUUCAAAAGUGUUGCCAUGGCAUUUGAUGAAAGCCUAGAGCUGAAUGAUGAGCUGGUGGCACUUUGCAAACAAUUCUUUGGAGCUGAACACAGUCUGGAUUCUCCACAGAUGAAAAUGGCUUUUAUCCCAAAAUCUGCCAAAUUGCAUUAUGGCUAUGACGCAGGCACUGGUGAGAAAAAUAUGUAUCCUUUGAUUACAGUUAAAAAUGUUGUGGUGUUUCCUGGAGUCCCAAAAAUUCUAAAGAAAGACUUCAAACUACUUAAGAAAACAUUGUUUCAAAAAUCUGAUGUAAGCUUCUAUUACCGUGAUGUGUACUUGGCAUGUGAUGAGAUAAGUAUAGCGGGAAUAUUGAAUGAAUUUAACAAUAAGUACAAGGACUUUAUACAGCUGGGUUCCUAUCCAGAUUUUGUUAACAGCUAUUACAAGGUAAAGGUCAGCCUAGAGUGUCAAGAUGAGGCCAAGUUAGAAGCAGCAUAUGCCGAGCUCACUAGCAUAUUGCCGUCAGAGCACAUUGUUCAGUAUGAGAAAGACCCUGUGAAAUCUGCAGCUGACAAAGUGUACAAUCUUCUUCAAUUGACAACACAACCUGAGUUGACCAAGCCUCUAAGCAUGGCUGUUAGGGUUCUAGAGGAGGCCCUCGAAAAGUACCAACUAGAAGAGAUAUGUGUUGGCUUCAAUGGUGGCAAAGACUGCACCAUUCUUGUUCACUUAUUCUAUGCUGUGGUUCAAAGAAAAUAUGGUGAUAAUAUACCAGGAGAAUUGCAAGCUUUAUACAUAGAAGGCAAACCAUCAUUCCAACAACAGGAGUUGUUUAUUACAGAAACAUUUACAAGAUACAAUUUAACGCCUGUUAGAAUUCAUGGAAGAAUCAAGGAAGGCCUCAAAGCGUUGCAAGUAAGUCAUCCACUUAUCAAAGCUGUCAUAAUGGGAACAAGAAAAUCUGAUCCUUAUUCAGAUCAUCUAGAAGCGUUUAGUAUGACGGAUGACGACUGGCCUCGUUUUAUGCGGGUUAAUCCUAUUCUGGAGUGGACUUACCGUGAUGUGUGGGCAUUGCUCAGGACCUUACAAGUACCAUAUUGCUCACUAUAUGACCAAGGAUAUACAUCACUGGGUAGUAGAAAUAACACAUUUCCAAAUCCAGUGCUUCGAUUUGUUGACAAGUAUGGCAUUGCACGAUACAAGCCGGCCUACCAGUUGACUGAUGGAAAGAGGGAACGAACAGCAAGAACAAAAAGCAUUGAUGUAUCAGACACACCUUUUGAAAACUGAACAAAUUGAGUUUUUCUUUACAAAUGCCUAUGCUUUAAAUUCCUUUUUUUAAAGAAUAUUUUAAUAAAUUUUGCAAUCAGAUGUAUAUUUUUAAUCAUUUGCAAAAAGAUAAAAUAUUGUAUUCCAUUUAAUAUAUUGUGUUGUUACGGUGCUUUUGCUAUAUUUACAACUAUUAUGCAACUAUUUGCUUAAGAUAUACGUGUCUGUAUACUGCAAUAAUGUGACCCUAUAGUGGGUCACAUUAAAGGUUACAAUAACAGUCAGUGGCAUAUCCAUUCCAAGGUAAUAAUAAUAAUAAUAAUAAUAAUGAAGUGCAAGUCCCCAAAAAGUUUUAUUCACCCCACCCCACCACCAGCGGUGGUGCCCACGGGGGAAUUCUCUCCUUCGUCGGACAGGCCUUGAGGCCACGACGAGGUCGUUGAAUAAAAAAUAAUAUAAAAAAAAUUCUAUCCAAAUAACGUUAUUUUGAUUGCCAUUCCCUAAUAUUGUGGUCUAAAAGCACAAUUUGGAGCAUAAUAAGCUGUAAAAACACUUACUGCGAAGACUACCAGGGAUUUUUUUCCCGGCCCGACCAAGGAUCUAGUUGGCCUCUUGGUUCUGACACCAUCGCACAUUUCAGACCUCUUGUUGGGAAAUUUGCUGGGCAAACCAUAACACCAAUUAAAAAUUACCUCAUUCUUCCAACUACUCACUUUCCCAUUGCAUAUGCUACUGUAAUUGACUCAAUAUACUUUAUUCUACCUAUGAGUAGUAAAUUUCAUAUGCUGCUUUACUCAAAUUGAAUAAAUUAUCUCAAUAUCAUAAUCAAAAACAUAAAGUCUGAUUUUUUUUAUUUGGUGUCAAUUUUUAAUGACAACUCAUAAUAAAUAACGCUGAGUAUUUUCA